UUUGGGAACUGAAUGAACAGGCUGCAGCAGAGAGGUGUGCUCACACAGAGGGAUUGUGCCCCCAGAAUCAGAAGCCCAUUCUGGCCAUUGUGUCGUUCGUUGAGACUGUAAAAGGUAAAGCUCACCUGUCCACACCUGUCCAGCAGAUCAUGACGGCAGCAGAGCCCAGCCCUCUGACCACUCAUGUGCUGAACACAGGAGACGGCGUCCCGGCAGCCAGAAUGGCCCUCAGCUUGCACCAGCUCGACUCCAAACUGAUGAUCUGGAACAUGCUGAGUGUCGGGACAACAAACGAAGACGGACGCUGCUCGGGACUCAUCAGCCGAGAAGCUUUCAGCCCCGGCAUGUACAAGCUGCGCUUUGAGACGGGUUCAUACUGGGACAAUCUGGGUCAGACAUCCUUUUACCCAUAUGUAGAGGUUGUGUUUACCAUCACUGACCCUGAGCAGAGAUUCCAUCUGCCUCUGCUGAUGAGUCGGUUCUCCUACAGCACCUACAGAGGAAGCUGAGAGCUCUGAGGACGACCAGCUGCAGCAUCAGCACUCUGCAAUCAGACAGACAGACAGACAGACAGACAGACUGAAAGAGAGACAGAGACAGAGGAGAUUUAUUUACAUGAAUCUAUGCAGUCUAUUUUUUUUUUUGUCUUUGGCAUAAUUCUACAUUUUUGUAAAUAUACAUCAGUUGAUUUACAAAUGUUAUUUUGUGAAAUAUUCCUUUAACACUUCACUUUGGUCCACUUAAGAGGACAUUAAGUUGUUUUAGAGUUACUUAUUAAAUGCAUAUUUAACAUAUCUGUUUUUUAUGUUGCAUAUUAUUUCUUUCUACAAACCUUACAUCUUUGGAAAAGGAAAAAAUUUAUUUUACAUGAAUGCAAACCUGUGACUGUUUUUCAUUUCUCACUUACACUAAUAUUUAAAGUUUUAUAGAAUCUGUCAUCUGUAUCAAACAGUAUGAAACAACUGAAAAUACAACUGAAAUUAUUAGUUGAGUUAGCUUUCUUACAAUGUAUUUUAAUAAUCGAUCAACCAUUUCAAGAAUUUUUGAAGCAGAAAUGCCAAACUUGUUCUGUCUGCAGCAUCCUCUGAAGACAUGUGCUGCUUUUCUUUGUCUUACAUGAUAGUUCAUUAAAAAUCAAUGUAGAUUUUGGGCUGUGCAUCAGAAAACAAGCAAUUUGAAGACCCUACCAUAAACUCUGAAACUGAAUCGUCAUGGAUGAUUCUCACUAUUAUUAACAGAUUAGUUAAAUAAACGGAUGAUUAAUCAGCAGUGAGAAUAACCGUUAGCUGCAGGCUCUACUGAAAAAUGUUACAAAACAUACCUUUAAACAAAAAUAAUUUCGCUGCAAUAUCAUUGUCCUGUUUCUAUUAACUUUUACUUGUUUUGUUUCAUCAACACUUUGUGUGUUUUCUACUCACAAAUAGUAACAUGUAUUUAAAAUAUUUCAAUACCUUCCAUAACUGUGAAACUAUGUAAUUUCUGACAUGUAGCCGAGUCACAUCAGUGCUUCGCUAACACUUAGGUGAAGCUGAAUUUGCGCACAGCAGGAGAAAGUGCCUUUCUGUCUCAGCCAAUCAGAGAGAAGGUGUUCUGUGAGGACCCAGUGUUGGCCUUUCUGAUGCCUGAAUGUAAUACAGUUAUCAUAAAAUCAGUUAACUAUUAAAUCUAUUUAUGUGCAGUCAAUU